AUGGAUAUUUCUAAUGAUAAAACUGGUAUGCUAGAGGUAGGCACCCAUUGUGCCUACUGUAAACAAUUGGAUUUUUUGGCAUUUCAUUGCAAGUACUGUGAUAAGGAUUUCUGUACUAAACAUAGGUCCCAAGAAUCUCAUCAUUGUACUGAAUUGAAUAACGAACCUAUUGAUCAAGGUAAAGUUGAUAUACGGGAUAAAGGAGGUGCAUAUUUUGAAAGUUUGUUACCAGAAAAGGGUUCUACUAGAGUCCAACAAGGCAAUGAAAAAGUGAAACAACAACUUAGAGAUACCGAUAAAGAUAUUAAACCAGUUAAGGAAAAGAUUAAAAACAAGAGUGCCUUGGAUAAGAUACUUAAAUUCUUCCAAAAAAAGAAAUCAGAGAAUUAUAAACAGGUAUCUAGUAGGAAAAAUUCAUCUAACAAAGUUAUCCAGUUAGCCAAUUUGAAGAAAGAAGCUAUAGGUGAUAAUAAAAUUCCAAUUGCAAACAGAACCUAUAUAGAUUGUUAUUAUGUGGAUAAAGGAAAUAAUGACGAUCCUAAAAAGACUUCCUUGUAUACGAACAAGACAUGGUCAAUUGGCAGACUAUUAGAUUAUAUUGCAAUUCAACUUAAAGUAAAAAAUGUAAACAAUAAUGUUAACUCUGAUGAGUCAGAAAUAUUAUAUUUAUAUAAAAAAGUUGAAGGAGAUCAACUAUCUUUCAAGAGAUUACAACCAUCUGAUAGAAUUUCAAAUGUGAUUAAGGAUCUUGAUGUAUUAUACCUUGUACGCGGUGAAGAACUUAGUUUAUAG